AAUGAUGAGUCAGAGUUAACUCAGAGAUCAGCUUAUGAAGAUGUGUUUAUCUAGGCUACAAUAUGUGGUCAAUUUAUAAUUAUUAUUAUAAAGCACUGAUGACUGUUUGAUCAACAGUUGUGGGCAAGUGAAUGUGAAGGAAAAAAAAAACCCCCACAUAUAUGGAUAAUCAGAGAAGUAACAUAUAAGGAUAAUCGAGCGCUGUCGAGACCUAGGCCCUAACAACCUAAGUACGAAGUGUUAAUGCGAUGUAGACCUUGAAAUAUAGUGAUGAAAACCCAAACUCGCGACGACCUGCACAGGUGAACGUCCGAGCGCGUCAUCACAACAAACAUUCCUAGGAGUGUGCGCACGGAAGAGGGAGGUCGCCCUGGCUUGGUAUCGUAAAUGUGUGGAUAAUUUCCCCCCUAGGCCAUGACGUCUGCCGGAACCAUGGAGAAAACCGAGGGAAGGCAAGGAGGAGCUACAGAGGAUGUCCCAGCCAAGAUGACACAGAUGGAGUACAGUGACCAGCUGGAAACACACAGUUUACUGAUCAGUGGCAAAUCUCAGGAACUUGCAAAGCUAGCUGAAGAGCUCAAAAGAGUCCGAGAAAGGAAGGAACCCUUGACGAAAGCAAAAGAUGUGUUGCAGGAGGAAAUUAACAAGGCUAACAAAGCCAUUAAUGCAAAAUCAGAAGAAGUCACACUGUUAAAACAAAAGUUGAGAUACCACAGUGUGAAACAGAUCCAUGAAAAUAUAGAUAGACUAGAGUAUCAAUUGCGGAAUAACAGUUACAAACCUAGAGAGGAGCAGAAAAUAUUGAAUGAAAUUUCAAUGCUUCAGAGAUCCAUUCGAACUCUGCGAGAAUAUGAAGCCAAACAGGCUGAGAACAAAAAGUAUAGAGCUGAGAGGACACGGCUUAUUGAUGAAAGAAAUAGCAAUUUCACAAAAAUCAGAGCGUUAUAUGAAAAGGAAGAUGAACUAAAGAAGGAAAUGGCACAACUUAGAGAGGUUUUGUCUGUCAGUAAGAAAGCCAUUGAAAACCUUAGACAACUAAGACCAAGUUUGGAACAAGCCUGGGUAGCACAAAAGCAUCAGAGUCAAGCAGCACGACAAAGACGUAUUGUGGAAAAGAAACGCCUACGACAAGAUCAGAUCAGAGAGCGACAAGAACAAAAAAGGAGGUUAUGGGAGGAAUAUGAAGCUAGUAGAGAACCAUAUGAAGAAGAACGGGACUUGUGUCGGCUGUUGAUCUCUUACUUGCAGUCCUCUGUCAGCCUUCUGACUCCUGUUACUCCUGGAACACCAAGCAAUGUUACCCCAUUACUUACACCAGUCACUCCAACAAGCACAGGAAAUAUUGUUACACCAACUAGUGAUGAUGUUGGGUCCUUUUAUUUGAAAUCUAAAGAAGAGGAAAGCUUUGGUAUAAUUAGUAAACGUGAGAAGGCAAGAUUGAAACGUCAACAAAAGAUGGCAAACAGAGUAAAAGAGCUUCCACAUACUCCAGAUGUUCUUAAAAAAUUUAGCAAGUUAUCCAUAAUUCCUCCCAGAAAUACUGAUGAGAUACCUGCAACAGUCAUAGCCCUACAGGAUUGUCUGCAGCGUUUAAAUGCUCUUGCAGUUGAUAAAAGUAACCAAAAGAAAGAGGAAGGAAAACAAAAAGAAUUAGAUAGAAAUGUAAAUCCAGUUAACUGUACUCGUCCCACAAGCUUAGCCAUUAGUGAAAGUAAUAUUUUUACACCAGAUAUUGUAAUUAGCACAACUGUAUACCCUUCAACUUCUACUGAUACACAUAGAUCUGAAAAAUCUGCAGAGUUUAAACAUCAUUCCCCAACUCCAACUACACCAUCAGCUGACUUGAAGCUUUAUCAUUAAGGUCUUUACCAUCUUUCCAAGUUCCAUCUUCACCUACAUCAUGGGCAGUAACUGGUGGAAAGGAAAUUGAAAACAGAGUAAGACCUUAUCCAAGUCCAGUUCAAGAUAAUGUUAGAUACAUUCUUAAUGGCAUUCACAUUCCCAGUUCAGUCAGUAGUAUCAAAUGUAAUACCCCAUUGCAAGUAUUGCAGUCAAAGACUUGUAAUGACAUAAUUGCAACAGGUAACAAUGAAUCAUUUUUUUCUCUUCCUGUAUCUUACCCUACUACCCUAGCAGAGCUGAACAAUAAUAAUCAUGGACGUAGUUAUGCAGCAAAGGUGAAAGCAGGGACUGUUGAUGUUUAAUUCAAGUGCAUGACUUGUGUUAAGUUUUGCUAUAAAACCAGUGAACAAAACUCAGGCAUAUUUGUGAACUGCACAAGAAAGAACAUGCACAUAUGGUCUAGUCACAAAUUGUUAUUGUUCUUAUAGAACCUCAAUUUUUAAAAAUAUGUUAUUGUCAUUAUGCAAUACUUGAAUGCAUUUUAGAUAUGAUGUUAUGUUAUUUUGUGCUGUAAAUAUUCUAGUUUGUGAAAAAAAAAUAUUUAUGGUAUCGUUGAGUUUGUAAUCCAUAGCUAUAUUACUGUAUAUAAAGGUAUAUUGUUACCUUCAUCAUUUUUAUUGUGCUACUUAUUAUUUGAUAUACUGUACUGGCUAUAUCAAUUUUCAUGUUAAAAAUGUGAAUUUUAAAAGAUAUUUUUAUGAAUAUAGACUUUAUUUGAAA